UCCUCGAUCGGCCGUCGUCCGCUGCUCUUGACACCAUGAGCACACAGACAGUCGAGUUCCCAGGAGCACCGUCGCUGCCGAACGCCGUCCGCUGGUCGAGCGACAACCAGAUCCUUGUGGUUCUCCCUGAUAUCAUCCAUGUUGUCAAACCGAAAUGGAAUUUGGCUGGGCAGAGCCUGAGCAGAAUGGAGUUUGUUGAGACAGCUGUGUCUCUGUCGCCAUCGGUUCCCAUCUCCCGCACGCCGUCGAGAGGCGAAGAUAUCCGAUCGUCCUCAAUGCUGGUGGAAGCCUUUCGAUCGGCGGACUGGUCUCCAUCGGGACUGUCGUCGUCAGCCGGAUGCGUUAUGCUGACGCUGACGUCCACUGGAGCCGUGACUGUCCUUGAGCCUAUGCCGAAGCACACAUCCGCUGUAUGGGAAAAGACAAUCGACGUCACAGAAGCCAUGCUCAAGCACGGCAGCCUCGACGAAGACCAUCUCAACUCGCACGACCUCGAUGGGUUAGAGAUCAUGUCAAUCGCAUGGUCCCCAGCAGCACCUCAGCCGUUUGAUGCGCGAUGGACCCGUCCCACAAGUCUGUUUGCUCUCGGAUCCAAGGCUGGCAAGGUGACUCUAUGGAGCUAUGUAUCCCGGUCACUUUGCCAUGAAGCCACAAUCCAGGUUUCAAAGAGUUGGAUCGUCUCUCUCGGCUGGUCCAAGCCGAUGCAACUGGACGACUCAGUAGCGUGGUUUCUGGCGACUGGAUCCUCCGAUGGCUCAGUGCGGCUUUGGAAGGUCACCAAGUCAUCAAGGGACACCCAUACAGCUGUGGAAUUGGUUCAGGAGCUGUGCGGAAGUGACUCGAGAGCAGCAACCGUGAUCAAGUUCUACAGCUUUGGGGCAGAUGUUUGCGACCAGACCACAAAAGUAGCAAUCUCCAAGGGCACUCGCAUCAUCGUAGCGGUGCUGGAAGACGGAGCCAGCAAAGCUGUUGUUGGACAAAUACGACUGCCGAUCAGCAUGGCUGCGGGCGGCAUCACUUGGAGCAGCUGUGGAACCCAACUCGAUAUAUAUCACCUCGACGGACAGCAUCGAUCCAUCAGACUGAAAGAUUGUGGAGCGGCCGAGAAGCCCGAGAGGGUGACUCUGUUGCUUCUUGACGAAAAUCUCCACCCAGAGAUUGACCAAGUCUUGCGAGUAUCGAUGCAAGCGCCAUCGAGCGCCGAUGCCGACGACGAACCCGGAAACAGCAAUUCCACCGGCGACCAGGAGCCUCGCUACUACGGGGCGGAUAGCUCGGCAUACGGCUUCAGCGACGCCGUACUGCUUUGGGCUCACAAGCCGUUCGACAUGGGCUACAUCACUCCGCGGACCAUCAAGUGCACUUUAGCAAUUGCACCCUGCGCAGAUCCGGAGCAAGCGAUUCAGUCCAAGAUAAUUUCGCGUCUGGAAGAAGCCCUCUGUCAGCGCCAUAUCUUCCGCUACCGAUCGCCGGCGCACGUGCUUUGGGAUCUCGUCACGGAUAUGUAUCGUGACGUCAAAGGAUGGAUCAACCCAGAGGGUGUCUAUGCACUUGUCGUGCAGAGUCUCAAAGAAAACGCCGAUCGGUUGCAGUCGCAGGAGAACCCUUCCACAACGCGGCUCGUAGCUGCGACUCAAUCCGGCAGCUUUGACAGGGCAUUCGAGGAACUGGAAGACUGGCUGUGCGGAAGCAACUAUCUGAAUUCGCUUAGAAUCUUUACACACUUGUACGAGACCACAAAGCAUACCGUAAACACCAGCGAUCUCAAGGACGAUAUGGUUGAUCUGAACCGUGAGAAUGCGAGCGAAAUACUCUCGUGCUACCUGGCAUUCCUGGCCCCGGUGGUCCAAAUGUACAUUCAGGAAUACGGCCGACUCACAGCCCUUGAUCGUCGAGUCAUUGCGCUGAUCGUACACUCGGCUCACCAGCAACGUGAGUCUCUCGAGGCUCGCGGCGUGUGGUCCACAUACGAGGCGAUGCUCGCGGUGCUCCACAAGACCAGCGGAUCCCACGCGAUUGGCAAAGAAGUAUGCCCGGCAUGCGAGGCCAGCAUUGAGUUCAACAACAGCACAACGGCUACCUGUGCACACGGACACGAAUGGGAGCGCUGCUCGGCAACGUUCCUGGUGCUGUCCAAUCCGUUGACUCGGCUCUGCCAGGGAUGUGGCCGGUCAUGGUUUGACCUCUCCGGGCUCGCGCAACUGACCGCCUGUGGACUAUCGAGCGCCAACCCACAGACCCUCGUAUCGGACAUGGAUGUGGACCACGAUACCGUGGACUCUUUGUGCGAGAGGCUAUUGCAAGCAAGCCACAUAUGCCUGUACUGCGGGGACAGGGGCUCAGUUCCGAUUGACGACUAUCGUGCUUGAUCCCGACCAACUGGCGAUGCUGCUGCGACGAUGACGCUUGCUGCGAAGAGGACAGGCUCCCACAGGCGACCCAAAGAUCUGAAGGCGCCAAGGUGUGGAGUGCGCGGAACAUCCUGAUGUGCAGAGAAUCCUGUAUUGCAGUACAGCUCCGAGGGUGUAAUAGAGCGUCGUAGCAAGGAGCGAACACAGCGGUAAUGGUACAAGUGGAUCCGCGGAUCCGU